AUGUUCCUGUACCGACGGUUUUCCAAUAAACAUAAAAAGGAAAAGGAACACGUCACCAUGGCCGUAACUUCCUCCUCACCUGGUCCCGCCCCGCUUUCCCAUCUCUCAAACAACGACGACUUUGCUCCCUUCAACAUCAACAACAAGUUCCCAUCCGCCAUCAUCCCUCCGAGGACCUCUUCUAAUCCCUUGACAUCAGCCGUUCCUGGUCAACCAAUCCCCCUCGCCAUACCCUCCAAUUGGAUCUCCCCUGCCCAGGCGCAAAGCCGUAAACGCAAGGCCUCGGUCGCCCAAAUCACUCCCUCCAGCAUGCUCCCAACAUCCUUCUCCCCAUACACAAUGGCGCCCCAACCGCCUCAGCCUCCCCCGAAUCCGGACCGGUUUGCGACCGAAGACUUCUUCAGCCCCUCGCGGCGCACCUGGUCCGAAGAGAAGGAGAAAGUCUUGACAGGUCCAUUCGACUAUCUCAAUGGGCACCCGGGCAAGGACAUUCGAUCGCAGAUGGUGAAAGCCUUCAACGCCUGGCUUGACGUGCCCUCCGAAAGUCUCGAGGUGAUCACCAAGGUGAUCGGCAUGCUCCACACAGCCUCUUUGCUCGUCGACGACGUCGAGGACAACAGCGUCCUGCGCCGCGGUUUCCCCGUCGCCCACUCCAUCUUCGGCAUCCCGCAGACCAUCAACACGUCCAACUACGUGUACUUCCACGCGCUGCAGGAAUUGCAAAAGCUCAAGAACCCCAAAGCCGUCAGCAUCUUCUCCGAAGAACUCCUCAACCUGCACCGGGGCCAGGGCAUGGACCUCUUCUGGCGUGACACGCUCACGUGCCCCACGGAGGACGACUACCUGGAGAUGGUAUCCAACAAGACGGGCGGUCUGUUCCGGUUGGGAAUCAAGCUGAUGCAGGCCGAGUCGCGGUCGCUGAUGGACUGCGUCCCGCUCGUCAACAUUAUCGGACUGAUCUUCCAGAUCGCCGAUGACUACCACAACCUGUGGAACCGCGAGUACACGGCCAACAAGGGCAUGUGCGAGGACCUGACGGAGGGCAAGUUCAGUUUCCCCGUGAUCCACAGCAUCCGGUCGAACCCGAGCAACAUGCAGCUGCUCAACAUCUUGAAGCAGAAGACGGCGGAUGAGGAGGUUAAGAGGUAUGCGGUGGCGUACAUGGAGAGCACGGGCAGCUUUGAGUACACGCGCAAGGUCAUCAAGGUGCUGGUGGAGAGGGCGAGGAAAAUGACGGAGGAGAUUGAUGAUGGGAGGGGGAGGAGUGGGGGUAUUCACAAGAUCUUGGAUCGCAUUAUGCUUCAUCAGGAAGAGAAUGUGCAACAAGAGAAUGGGAAGAAGGAGUAA